CAUUGGCCAAUCGCCGAGACACAAAUUUUCUUGCGACCACGUCAUCCGGAUAAUUUUCCGUCUGCAGUGCGACUUUUAUAAAACCCGGCGAAGAGAAACCUUUCUUUUCUCAUCUCAAUCUUUACUUAGUUGAAUUUAAGUGACAAUUAAAAGGAUGCCUACUCUAGGAUAUUGGAAAAUUAGAGGCCUUGCACAGCCAGUGAGAUUAUUACAGAACUAUGUUGGGGAAGACUUUGAAGAUGUCCAAUAUGAACAAGGAGAUGGUCCAGGAUUUAGCCGAGAGUGCUGGACCUCUGUCAAGAACACAUUAGGAUUACCUUUCCCAAAUCUACCAUAUUACAUAGAUGGUGACAUCAGAAUCACACAGAGUAACUCAAUUCUAAGAUACAUUGCCAAGAAACAUAACUUGUUGGGCAAGACAACACAAGAAAUAGUAGAUUGUGAUGUGAUGUUAGAGAAUGCCAUGGACUUCAGAAAUGGUACCGUUAGAUUGGCUUACAAUGGUGACUAUGAAAAAUUGAAAGAAGACUACUUUAAAAAUUUGCAGCCAAUGCUUGCUAAAUUUGAAGAAUUUCUUGGAAGUAAGAACUUUUUUACUGGAGCUAAUGUAACAGUAUGUGACUUUCCAAUGUAUGAAUUGUUAGACCAGCAUAAAAUAAUGAAGCCAGGAAUUCUAGAUUCAUACCCAAAGUUGUCUGCCUUUGUUGCAAGAUUUGAAGCACUUCCCGCCAUAAAGAAAUAUAUGUCUUCUGACAAGUUCAUGAAACGACCAAUCAACAACAAGUCAGCAGCCUUCAAAUAGAUUUAACAGUGCAUAGUGAACAUAGCUGCAUGGGAAAAAGUGUAGAUUGAAUAAAGUGUUUAUAAUAAUGAUAGUGCUAUUUCAAAAUAUUAAUUAGGUAAAGUUUUUAAGGUGUUGGGAGAAAUGUGUUAAAAGAUGUACCCCAACCUCUAAUUUAUUAGCCCAUAUGGAACAAAGAAUUUGGAAAAAGUGUACUUGUCAGGGUUUUAAAUUACUUUUUCAAUAUGUUAAGACAAAUAACUGAUCAAAGUUUUGUUUUAGGUAACCUGAUUUUUAAGGGUAAUAGUAAUGGAAAAUUGUAUUUUCUUUGAUACUUGCAUAUCUGCUUUUUCAAAAUCAGCAUACAAGUCUACAUGAGAUUUUAAUUUGUUGUAAACUUAAAUUUGUAGUUUGAAAUUUAUAAAUACACACGAAACCAUCGAAAAUUAGAAACACACGAAUUCCAUAGUAUUCUAGAAACAUUUUAUAAUGUGAUUUUUUGUGUGUUUUAUUUAUGUUUUUUUUCUAACAUUAUAUUAUACAUGUCAGAUGUAAAUUCUUCAGUUUUAUUUUUGUCACAGCACAGAACAAGUUAGGGAAGGUCAAAUAUAGCCUAUUAUGUCUUUUCUAUGAAUAUUUAUUAUCUUGAAAAUUAUUUAAUUUAAAAAAGUUAUUUUGGUCAAGCAAAGUCAAAUAGAAAGACUAAGGCUAAAUUUAACUUUUAAACUUGGUAUUGCAAGCAGAAAGGGUACGUGUUCAGAGAAUCUGAAUAUUUUUCAGAAUUCCAAAUAAAAACUUUUCUUGAUAUACAUCAGUCAUCAUACCAUGUGUUUUUACAACAGUCUCAUUAACAAUAACUUGAUCCUCAAAAUGUCUAUUUUAGGUUAUUGUGCAAAUGUCUGUGCUAUGUUUAUUUUUUAUUUUUUUAUACAUUUGAAUUAAUGAUUUUAUAACAUCUGAAUAUUUUAAAUAGGUUUUAUACACUGAUCCUGUGUUAGGAUCAAAUGACAAUUUACUAUACCCAGUACAUUGUCAGUGCUUCAAGUACAUGUUAUAUCUAUACUAAAAGAACUGGUUGUAAAUGUUUUGGAUUUUAUAUUUAUAUAAAUUUGAAUGGGUUGAGUUUAAAUUUAAAUGCAUAUGCGCAUGUCCUUUUAGAAUUUACUUUUAUUUGUAAAGAAUGUUGUUAGAUCUGAAAAGUUAGCUUUUUGCAUACAAUUUUUUUCUUCAUUUUACAAUACAAUACAAUACAACGAUCAAACCAACAAUUAGAUAGAAUUCUGUAUUGUUUUACAGCAAGAAGCUAUAGCUAAAUGAUGAAAUUUUACUUUGGUAAGAAUAUUACAUUCCAUGUUUUGCAAUUAAGAAUUUGAUAUGAAUACUUUACAAAAUUAAAGAUGUUAUAAAUUUGUGAUUUUGUUUGUGCUAGAUAUUUAGAUGCUACUUUUGAAUCAUGAUUAUGUGUAUCUAGUAUGAUAGUACAAGAAAAUAUACCUUUAAAAAUGAUUGAUGGACAUUCAUUUGUAUUAAUAAAAAAUUAAACAGCAUUUUCACUA